UUCAAGUGUGGCAUUCACGUGGUUGCGUUACGACUGACGCGUAUCUUCGCAACUGUUUUGUGCGGUGCACUAAAUGGAUCUGACGUGCACGUAGCAAAUACAUUCAAAUUCCAGUAGUUUCAUGACUUCUCGUGAUAAAUAUGUUCAUUCUCAACCGAAACAUGGAAGAAUUGAUGCAUCUGCAAAUUUAGCUAGUAGUACUUUAGAAUACUGGUCAAGACCUGUACAUGAUGAUCACGACCGUCUCAACCUUGAACUCAGAGAGAAAGUUGAUGGACUUCGUAGUCUUUCGAUAAAAAUAGGAGAUGAAUUACGAUCCCAAAAUAACUUACUUGGAGACAUGGCCGGAGCUUUUGAUCGGUCAGAAGGUGUUCUUCGCUCUACAAUGUCUCGAUUAUCUCGAAUGGCUAAACAGAAUUCAUCCUCUGGAUUAUGCUGUUAUGUAAUUGCAUUCGUAUGCAUCAUUUUCUUCAUGUGCUGGUUUAUUCUCCGAUUUCUUUAGUCACAUGUAUAGUUACUGAUGUUGAAACUGUGAUUUUUUUUGUCAAAAUAUAUAAUUGAUUACU